AUGCACACCACGCACGCAUGUAGAGUUAUAUCGUGCUGUACAAAUGACACAAAUCCACUCCAUCGGAAGACGUGCUUCUUCUCAGUUAAGACCACUACGAAGGAAAUACUAAAUCCAGUCCAGGUGAGACAGAUCCUGGAAUCCGACUUCUCGGAAGGAAAAACUAACGAACAGCCGAUAUCGCAAGACGAUAGGAAGUUCAUACGCAAGGUAGAGCAAGGAAUUCGUCAGAGACAAGACGGACACUACGAAAUGCCUUUACCGUUCCGCGAAGAAGAACCGAGUAUGCCUAACAACAAGUCUCUUGCAUUACAUCGACUAGCCAAACUCAAAACCCGGCUCGAGAAUAACGAACAGUAUC